UACAGUGAAAGAAUGUAUGCUGACGAACACUUCUGGCCACUCAACCCUGGAAGAACUACAAGGUUUUAUUGAUAGAUCAUAUCAAAAUGCAGAUAACUUAGAAAACCUACUUGUUAAAACGAGUACAGUGAAAGAAUCUACGCCAAUGAACACUUCUGGCUGCUCAACCCUGGAAGAACUAGAAGGUUUUAUUGAUAGAUCAUAUCAAAAUGUGUUCCCACAAAACGGCAAAAUAUCCUUUCCGCAAUCUAUUGACAGUUCAACCCCUUUUAGGUUGCGAACUGUAGAUAGUGUGGCUUCUAUAGCGGAACAGUUUAAUAAGUUAAAGGAAAAU